AUGGAUCAGAAAGUGACGGCUGUUACCCCGGUGGACAGCCACCAUCGAUUCCUGCUUGAUCGUAUCCCCAAUCAGUACGUCUGGGUCGUCCGUGGUGACAGUGAGCGCAAGCCAGUCGAUUCCAUGGAACCAGAACUCUUCGUCUCCAACCAUUAUGAAAUCCUAAAACUCCUCCGCAUCCAUGAUCUCCACAAGUCGUCUCCCGCACAAGGACUUUAUCUGGAGUGGUCCUUCGACGGCGAGAAGCAUGCCUGGGACUUCUUCUUGAAGCUUCGAGCUGACAGAGACCUCUUGAAGUUCUGGGACGUCAACAAGACGGCUCUUCUCAGACGUCGGUCCCGUCUUCACUUAGGCUUGGAAUGGCGGUCCUCUCGGCAAUCCGUCGAUGUAGCCGAGCAGAAGUUGGUAUCAAUUCAGAAGGCCAAGAUUCCUAUAUCCGUCGUCCUGACUUGGACCCGAUCAACCAUUACCUCUGUUGAGUCGAGUACUCAACAGGACAACUAUCUCGUCCUGAAACUCUUUGGGCGUCCUCUGAGAGUCGGUGAGGCUGAUGAAGAUCGAAUCCACCUCAUGUGGCCUUUCUUUGGCUGCAAGUCGAUCCUUGGGUACAAGGGUGGCUCUUGUGGCAAUUGUCUCUGGCAGCAAGACAAGCCGUGUUGCUAUGCCACAAUCAACAAGGGUGAUAAUGGAUUUGACUGGAAGGCAUCGUAUGACCCUGAUCAACAGGUCAAGAUUCCUGACCAGAAGAUGGUCCAGGAGAGCGUCGUAGCUCCCAGUCCCUGA